AUGAUGCUGGACGAGCUGGUGCGACGGAUCCGACAUUUCGACGCCCGCAUGUCCCACUUCUCGACGACGCUGGGCAUCCACCUGUCCGCCGGCCCGGCCGGCGCGGGCGCAGGAGCGGGCGAAGAAGUCCCGGCCGCUUCUUCGUCGUCAACGCCCCUGCGCAUGUCCCUCACCGUCCAGCACCUCGAACAGGAGAUGAAGAAGACCCUCAACCGACUGAUUGGGAAACAGUUCAAGAAGCUGGACGUGCUGCCGAUCUCCAACUACGACGUGCUCACCUUCCAGACCGUCCUGUUCGCGCUUCGCCUGCUGGUCGGCGAGAUCCGCAACCUCUGGGAGGCCGUGCUCCACCUGCUGCAGGUCGAAGCCCUCCACCAGCGCAAGUGA